UUUGUAUUUUUAAAAAUGGCGGGUAACUUACUUUUUGUCAUCGUCCUUUUGGUUGCGGUGGUCGGUACUGUCCUGGCCGUCGUGUUCGCUAACGGUAUGCAAACUGCUGAGAGGAAGGAGAAGGAAGAAGAGAAGGUGUUGCAGUCCAAGAAGGAGAUUCAGUUCCUUUGUAAGCCCACGAAUUUCAAAGAUGAAUGUGAGGAUAGCAUGGAUUCGUCCAAUUCCACCGACCCCAAGGUGCUGAUAAAGACGGAGUUCAAUGCCACGAUGGCGGAGAUUAGGAGGGUGAUGGAGAGUUCGAAGGAGGUGAAGGAGCUGCAGAAGGAUGAAAACGCGAAGGAGGCUUUCGGUGUUUGCCAAGAGAUGUUCGAUUGGGCUAUUCAGGACAUUGAAAGAUCGUUCGAAAAGCUCGGGAAGACCAACAUGACUAAGAUCAACGAUGUCCUCUUGACCCUCCAGGUGUGGCUGAGCGGCGCCAUCACCAGCCAGCAGACUUGUUUAGACUCGUACUGGGAGAUGGACGUUAGCGCGGCGAAGAAGAUGAAGAGGAUCAUAUCCAAAUCACAGGAUUUAACCAAGAACGCGCUCUCCAUUUUGAACGGAUUAUCGUCCAUCACGAACGCACUCAAAAUCGGCGGCUUCGACUUAUCGGGAUUGUUCCAUCGGAAGCUGUUACCGAGAGAAUUCCCCGAUUGGAUGAGCUCCGGCGACCGGAAACUCUUGCAGGAGAAAACUGAAGAGAUUGUGCCUAAUGUCACCGUUGCUAAAGACGGAAGUGGAAAAUUCGAGACCAUCGCCAAGGGUAUUGAUGAAGUCCCGAAGAAGAAUACUGAACGAUUUGUUAUUUACAUUAAGGCCGGAGUUUACGAUGAGAGACUCAAAAUCCCCAAGGGCCUUGACAACAUUAUGCUCAUCGGAGAUGGUCCGACCAAAACUAUCAUCACCGGUAGCGUCAGCGUCGAAAAGACACUGCCGAGACCCCCCACAUUCAACACUGCAACAGUUUCUACAAGUGGGAUGAACUUUAUAGCCAAAGACAUCACCUUCGAGAAUUCCAUCGGACCCGACGGUCACCAAGCGGUUGCCGUCAGGAACUCCGGCGAUAUGUCCGCCUUCUAUAACUGUCAUUUCAAAGGGUACCAAGACACCCUUUAUGCCCACGAGGGACGACAAUUCUACCGCGACUGUGUCAUCACCGGAACCAUAGACUUUGUCUUCGGCGAUGCUAGGGCCGUGUUCCAGAACUGUGAACUGAUCGUCUUGAAGCCACUAGAUAACCAGAACUGCAUCAUCAUCGCACAGGGAAAGAAUGAGGAAAAUUCGACAGGCGGCUUCGUGUUCCAGAACUGCACCUUCUCCGGCGAUAAGGACUACCUCCCCGUGAAGGACAAGAACAAGUCGUACCUCAACAGACCAGGGAAAAAAUAUGCCACUGUCAUCAUAAUGCAAUCGCAGAUCGACGACAUCAUCCAACCGGAAGGGUACAUCCCCACGCAUGGUAAACGGGGCUUGGAUACCUCGUACUAUGUCGAGUUCGACAACAGGGGACCUGGUGCUAAAACCGACGGCAGGGCCAAAUGGGACGGUAUCAAGCAGCUCGAUGCAACUGCCAUUAAGAAAUUCACCCCCACCAUCUACAUCGAAUCGGAGACCUGGGUUCCAAAGACCGGAAUUCCCUGCAUUCCCAAUAUGAUCACUGGGCUCUAAACUGACAAGAAAUCG